UCAGAUAAUUCAUUAGAAAAUGUAAGUUUUCAACAGUUGAAUCACUAAUAAACAGUUUUUUUGCAUAAGAGAUUAUUCCACCAAACCAUUCCACCAUAGUUUCAGUGAACACAAUUGGUGUAAAAGCACUCCACGAGUAAUCAGAUCAGCAACAUUCUCCAUAGAAGAAACAUGAUGCCACCAUGCAAUAUUAGUAUCCUGAAUUUCAGAGACCCUGUUUGUAACAGAGGUUUUCAAUUUAACUGGAGAUGAAUGCAACCAACAAAGAACAAUAGUAGAGUUACACCAUAAGUGAAUUUGAUCCAAUUUACUUAAUUUUAAUGAAGACAAAACUCUCUACAGCAAACGAGAAUAAUAAAGCACCACACAGCUCUAAUCUAGGGAGAGGUUGUUGCUUAAUGUGAGCCAGUCUAGACACUUCGACUAGCGACAGUCACAAUCCAGAUUGUAGGUAAAUCAAGAUCGAAGUGAGUCGUGGCUUGUGUGCGAAUGUAGUAUUAGCCCUUACAAAUAGUACAUCUAGCCCUAUACUUUGAAAAUGCAUGGUUCCCCUUUAAACAACAAAAACAGACGUUCUUGCUUCGAAGAAAUUUGUUUUUCCUCAAUACUAAUUGCAUUGAAUUGUCUACAUUCUCGCAAUGCAUGUUUAGAUUUAUUACGGUAUUUGCAAAUUUCACUAUUUACACUAGUAGUGAAUGAUUUACCAACAGUUAAUUUGGUUUUGUUUUCUUUUAUUCAAUUAGCUUUGCUUCUAAAUUCAAUGAUUUCUGUGCUUUAUACUACGUUCGCACACAAUCCACGACUCACUACGAUUUAAUAUCAUUUACCCGUGCCACUUCGGAAUUAGACCAUGUCCCCGACGCCAAAAGACGAAGUCUCCCCGUGCCUUACGUACUUGUCAACGCCCAGUGUCCCAGGACCACCUUCGAUCGACGAUCAAAGAACCACAUCGAAGCCCAGGACGUCCGAACACCUGAUUGUCCUAAAGCAAACUAUUUUGUACUGUAUGUACUGUACAUAGUAUGUGUUUAUUUUAUGUUAAAAUAAACGGUUUUUGUCAGAUACUUAUCGUCCGUCUCCUCCGCGACCACACACGUACGAAUGGACCUUAGACCAUCACUGACGAGCAAUUAACUGAUUGCCCCUGGAAGACCGCUUCCCUACUAUCAAAUGUCACUGCACGCCACUGCUUAAUUGUGAUUCUAGAGAGUGGUAACUUGUUAUAAAUUCUUCCCUAUCUGUAUAAAGUUAUUCCAGUUCUUCAGAGUUUAUUUCGAGUUGAUUUUGAAUAUGAUCGUAUUCUUCCAAAAUUUUAAGCAAGGAAGUUAGCCUUACUCUGACUUCCUGCACAUUGCCCUUUUCUGAAUCGAAAUUGUCCAGGAAUUUUUGAAUAUAAGACAGUUUACUUUUUGCUAUGCCUCUAAUUUUGAUAGCCUUUCUUUCGUCGAAUGAUUCAAUGGCGGCCAUUGUAACAAAAAUAGCAAAAAUAUGGAAAAGAAAUAGGAAACGAUUUAAGGGUAAGAGAAAUGAUAAGUGUUGGCAGACUUACCUUAACUCGUAGCUGUAUAUCGAAAGUCGGAAAAAAAAACAAGAUGGCGGCCACAUCCGCCUCGACGAAUCAAAAGAUGUUGUGCGUCUAAUUACGAAGUGGACCAUAAAUUAACGCAACAAACAUCUCCAGCACAAAAAGCUGUGAAUUUAUUUGUGGAUUCCCAAAAAGUAGAACAAAUUGAUACACACAUUCAAGGUUCAGCCCUUAAUUAACAUAGAACCAACAUCAGGCACAUAAAAAAACCACGUUUGCCAGACGAACAACCGUUUUAAAAAGCGCGCGAAGUAAGAGAGCGCCCCCUCUUGAUAGUUUUUAUUUAAAAAAUAAAAUAAAAUAAAAUAUCGUCUGCUUGUCCGAACGGGUAUAUUUAUAUGAAACGACAGACAUUAUAGGUGUGCGAAUUCCAUUAAACAAUUUUUAUUAAAUUUAUUAUUUAAAAAUGAAAUUAAUGUUUGUUACCAUCUUAUCUUUGGUUCUCUGCUAUUUCAAAUAUUUUACUAUGUUACAAUCAUGUUUUGACAUGUAGUUAUAUAGAUCCUUAAUCAUACUUUUGUUGAAAUUGGCAUCGAGUUCUUCACGGUUUUUGCAGCGUUCAGUUUUAUAUCUACACUUAUCUACACUUCAACAAGAUUUAAGGUGUUUACUAUUAUAUUUAAAUCUGAAUUUCUUGCAGGACAAUGCGCAACAUCUUUGGACUAGAAGCACUGGAUGGCUUGUAUGACUUUAUGUAUUGACGAAUUAUCCCGUGCCUUAUCUAUAUCUGUUUUUCUUCUUUUGCAGUUCUGCCCAUGGCUUAUAGGAGAAAGGCAUUCUGGAAGACCUUCACACCAGCACUAUUGAUUAUUUUUUUGAUUUUGAAGUUUCUCAUUAAAAUGACCGCCUUUAAAUUCAUAAGGGUUUCUCCAUACUUUGAUUGUUGAAUGCAACAUAUCUGAGAAUAUAUAAGUACGAGUUAUCUGAGACAAUAAUAUAGUAUCGAGAUACACAAACGUGAUUUUAUGACGUGUAGUAGCGGCAUAAAUUUAUAAUUAAUACACAAUCGGGCUUAAUUUUUACCUAUUAGAAGACUAGAAAGAGUGUUGUUUUUCUGUAUUAGUAAGAAAGAAAACGUCAAAAAAUUAGUCCGAUUCAUUAAAUAAUCUCGGCCUUGAUUUAAUGAUAUUUUGAUGAAUUUAUUUUUUAAUUUUUAGAUGACGAGGCUCGCGUAGUUUCACAAAUUUGCGGAAAUGGUUCCCAUUCAGACUACAUUAAUGCAAAUUAUGUUGAUGGAUAUAAAAGACCAAAAAAAUAUAUAGCCACUGAAGGACCGAAGCAGACGACAAUUCAUGAUUUUUGGAGAAUGAUCUGUGAAGAGAAUGUUUGUAAAAUAGUCAUGGUCACUAAUCUAGUGGAAAAUGGAAAGAUAAAAUGUGAAAAAUAUUGGCCCGAAACUGAAGAAAAUUACGGAAACAUUAACGUAUCGUUAAAAGAUAAGGAAAUUUGUUUAGAUUAUGUCGUUAGAACGUUUCUUAUUACCCAAGGAAAACGAACGUGGAUAUUGAAACAUUUUCAUUACAUAACGUGGCCCGAUCACGACGUACCCAGAUUUACAAAUUCGGUUGUUUCAUUUUUACAAAAAGUCAGAAAUUUUAAACCAAAGAGCAAUUCUCCUAUUGUUGUGCAUUGUAGUGCAGGAGAUGGAAGAACUGGAACUUUAAUUCUGUUAGACAGCAUGUUAGAUAUGGCAUAUUCAGAAGCCAGAGUAGAUCUAGUUUCUUAUCUUACCAAUAUGCGGCAACAGCGAAUAAACAUCGUGGAAACUUACGCGCAAUAUCGUUUCGUGUAUCGAGCAUUAGCCGAUUGUCUAUGCGAAUUUAAAACAUCGAUUCUAUGCUCUGAUUAUAACGAAGAAAUCGACAGAUUAAAGAAAGUUAAUGCCUCGACAGGAAAAACAGGUUUUCACAUACAAUACGAAGUAAAUAAAUUAACAUAUAUUUUCCUUUUAAAUUUAUCGUUAAGUUAUAAUUUCAGGUCGUAUUUAACUUACUACUACAAUCAAACCUUUGAACAAUGGCCAUUGUUUGGAGGUUAUUCUAUAUGUAGUCUUAUUCAAUAAGUUCCUAAAAAAAUGGCCACUGUUUUGAGGACAGGUUUGGAGAUUCGAUUACAUUAAUAUUCUUCAAUGAAGAAUUCAUUAUUUCAGAGCACUAAUCU